UGAAAAUGGGACGGAAAUCCCGGAAGUGCCCACGAACUUAAAUUUUUCCGGGAAAAUUUACAUAAAAAAUUUAAAUCACCCGCUAUUUUUCAAAACCCUAUCCCUAAUUUCAUCCUAUAAAAUCCCUAGUUUUCCUCUCCCUUCUUCACCAUACCUCAAUCGAAAAAAAUCCCUAAACCCUUAAUCCCCAAAUCCCGCCGGAACCCUAAACCUUCUUCCAAUUCCGACCAUGCCUGCAAUUCCCGACGAGCCUCUCCUUGCCCCUAACCCCGACCGCUUUUGCAUGUUCCCGAUUCAGUAUCCUCAAAUCUGGGAAAUGUACAAGAAGGCUGAAGCCUCCUUCUGGACUGCUGAGGAAGUCGAUCUCUCGCAGGACCUUCGCCAUUGGGAAUCUUUAACUUCCGAUGAGAAGCACUUCAUCACUCACGUUCUUGCGUUCUUCGCUGCCUCCGAUGGCAUCGUUUUGGAGAAUCUCGCCGGGCGGUUCAUGAAGGAAGUCCAAGUUGCUGAGGCUAGAGCCUUCUAUGGAUUCCAAAUCGCCAUCGAGAAUAUCCACUCGGAGAUGUACAGUCUUCUUCUCGAAACCUAUAUUAAAGACUCGAACGAGAAGAGUCGGUUGUUUCGCGCGAUUGAGACCGUCCCCUGCGUCAAGAAGAAGGCCGAUUGGGCGUUGAAGUGGAUCGACAGCACUGAAACGUUCGCUGAACGUAUUUUAGCCUUCGCUUGCGUUGAAGGAAUCUUCUUCUCAGGUAGCUUCUGUUCCAUUUUCUGGUUGAAGAAACGCGGGUUAAUGCCUGGACUCACCUUCUCGAACGAGUUGAUUUCGCGAGACGAAGGUCUUCAUUGCGAUUUCGCUUGUUUGUUGUAUUCACUGCUGAGGAAGAAGUUGAGUGAGGAUCGAGUGAAGGAGAUUGUCACGGAGGCGGUGGAUAUAGAGAGGGAAUUCGUGUGUGAGGCUUUGCCGGUGGCUCUCGUUGGUAUGAAUGGUGAUUUGAUGAGUCAGUACAUUGAAUUUGUAGCAGAUAGGUUGGUUGGAGCUUUAGGGUAUGGGAAAAUCUAUAAUGCCCAGAAUCCGUUCGAUUGGAUGGAGCUGAUUUCGUUGCAAGGUAAGACGAAUUUCUUCGAGAAGAGAGUUGGGGAUUAUCAGAAGGCGUCUGUGAUGUCAAAUUUGAAUGGACAUGGCGACACGCAUGAGUUUAAGAUGGAUGAAGAUUUCUAAGGAUUGAAGAUGAAGAUAAAGAUGAGUUCGUUGUGUAGAAUAAAAUUUGUGGGUUCUUCUUUCUUCUUCUCCUGUAACUUAGUAUUAAGAAUUAGACUUGAUUAUGUUUGUUUAAUUUCUUCUUGGUUGAGAAUGAAUGAUAUAAAACGUUACAUCUUUUUGUUUU